CUUCCCACAGGCGUGAGACAUUAUACGCCUAAAGGCGCCGGCGUUGGCAGAUUUGCACGUGUAGUUGAUCUGCUCCAAAGACACCAAACGGCCCUCCCUCCAAACAUAAACGAAUCGCCGCCAUACUUCUCUGAUAAAGUAGUUACCAGUCUACUUGCGCACCAAUCCAAGAUGGCGGUCGCACGAAAACUUUUACUCAUGGAACAUUUUAAAAUCUGAUCACCAUUUAAAUCGCUGGUUCGAAGAAUUGUACAUACCCUGAAGCACCAAGUAUAGUUCAAGUAUUACAUAUGUAGUUUAAAGGUUUUCAAUGCCAUUGGUGCAUCGACUCUUUCUGUAGCACAUCGCAAGUUCAAUUCUUAUGGCUUCGAUUUCACUGCCUAAGAUCGCUGUUCAUCCUGCUCUAACAACGAGAGUUGAUCAAAAAGUUGGCAUAGCUGUUAGCAAUCUAUCUCCAGAACAGUUUGUUACUCUGCGAGCCCGAACCAUCGACGAUAGCAAGAUUGCCUUUGAAUCAUUUGCUCAAUACAAGGCCGACAAGAAUGGAGAAGUAUUGGUUUCUUCUCAGCCAUCUCUGGGUGGAUCAUACACAGGUGUUGAACCGAUGGGCUUGUUCUGGAGCGUGAAACCUGUUACGCGACCUGAUCGUGACGAUUUGUUCAGAAAACGAGAUGUAACAACACCUUUGAAAGUAACCUUAGAUGUUUACGGAGGACACGAUCAAAGAGAGUUUGAAGAAAGGGACAAGAAGGCUAGCGUGACAUUGCUAAGAAGUUACAUGGGACCUGGCGUAACCCGAUGUUACAUGGAGGAAAACGGAUUUUAUGGGACUCUGUUUCUACCACCUGGAAAUGGACCCUUUCCAGGUGUUAUUGACAUGUGGGGACGCACUGGUGGUAUAAGAGAAGACAGAGCUGCUCUUUUGGCAUCUAAUGGCUUUGCAUCCUUAACAAUAGCGUACUCUCAAUUUAAAGAUCUUCCUGACAAGUGUGAUGUCCUUGACCUUUCUUAUUUUGAGAGGACAAUCGACUGGUUAAUGGCGCAUCCUCGGGUGGCAUCUGGAGGUGUUAGUUUGGUUGGUCUGUCUAUGGGUGGGGUCCUUGCACUGGCAAUCGCUUCACAGAUCCCCCACAAGAUCAAAGCAGUUGUAUCAAUUUCAGGGCCACAUGUUCUGAUUGGAUGCUUAUUAAAGUGCAGUACUUUGUCCAUUCAAGGAUUUCCUAUUGAUCAAACUGUGGCUAACAAUUGCUCUCGCUAUAAGCGUUAUGUGUCGACUUUUAAAACUAUUAAAGAGGCUUGUAAACCAGGAUCACCAUGGAUCAUUCCUGUAGAGCACAUCACAUGUCCAGUUUUGUUGGUGUAUGGCCAUGACGACAAACUAAACCCUGAAAUAGAGUGGAUGUUUGGGGAUUUAUUUCAGUGCAUGGAGCAACAUGGCAAAGGAUUCUUAUGUACAAGACUUGGUUUUCCUGGAACAGGACAUUUCAUAACACCCUGUUACCUUCCUCCUGGUUUGAGGCAUUAUUCUAAAGUUUAUGAUGAAGUUUGGUUUAUGGGAGGAAAUACCAAGGACCAAGCCAGGGCUUCAGAAAUAUACUGGAAUAAAAGCCUACAGUUUCUUUUAAAGGGUUUUUUUGAUACUCAAGGUGGUGGCCAGAACUUUAGCUUAUAGAUAUUCGUUGCUUUGUCAAAAGGACUUUGUGAGUAAUAACACGAUAUUUACAUUUUUGUUAUAACAUAAUUAUAAUAUGUAUAAUAAAAAUAAUUUAUUAUAU